AUGGUGACGGCCCGUUGCACCCGCGGUCUCACCGCCGGAACCACCACCGCCGCUACCGACUGCAGUGACUUUGGCCAUUCUGUGAACGACAAGCGGACAUCGCCGACGACCGCGACCAGUGACAUCGUUUGUCACUGCUUGGCCUGUUGUUACGUAACCACGACCGUUACGACGGCCCUGCAACCACCGGUGGUCCUGACCACCAGGAGAAAUAGCGGUAAGGCAGCCGUGGACACUAGUGAAUCUUCUGACAGCGAGCCACCUUCCGAGGCCGCUGCUUUUGUCGCCUCCGCCUCCGCUGCGGCUUUAGUUUUGUUGGCCGCUCUGUUGGCCGUAGUGCUGUCUUCGGCCGCACUUUUGACCGUCGCGUCCAUGGUGCCUCUAGCCGACGCAGCCACUAGCGAUGUCCGCCGACCACAAGCCGCCGAUUACAUAAAUUUGUGGCACCACCAACAACAGCAGAAGCAGCAGCAGCAGCAGCAACAGGUGGUUGGUCAGCGGAUAUAUGACAACGACGCGUUAAGACAGAAGAGACAACUGUUCAAAACGAACACAAAUCGUGAACCCGGAGUUGUGGCUUUGACGUUUUCGCUGAUCGGUGGAACUUUUUCGGACGCCCGUCAAGCAUUCCGGAACGUCUCGAGCAUCGUGCGCGACACAAUCAGCGAGGCGUCCAGAGAUCCUGCGGCCACCACCGCCGGGGACCAGAUGAUGAUGGCCGCCGUCAAUACCGCGGACAACGAGGUCGGCGGAGGAGCUGCAUCCACCACUGUGGCCACGGACCAGAGGAUGGCCGGCCAAGCGCUGGGCAAGCUGUUCGGUCGCAACUACCGAGGUCUGCGCAGGCUGUUCGACUCCGAGCUCCGGUCCGCCGUCAAGAACUCACCGGGCAAUGUCCGUGAUUUCGCCGUCGAGUUGAUGGGUUCCAUCGGUCAGAGUCUCAGACCAUCCAAUUUGUUUUCUCGGGGACUGACAAACGGCACUACGACCACGGCCAGCCGACGAUGA